GGGGGGCAGCGGGGUCCGGGGCUCCCCUCGCCCCCCGGCCCCGGAUGACGGGCGGCCGGUUCGACUUCGAGGAUGGCGGCACGUACUGCGGAGGGUGGGAGCAGGGCAAGGCUCACGGGCACGGCGUGUGCACGGGGCCCAAGGGCCAGGGCGAGUACGCGGGGUCGUGGUCGCACGGCUUCGAGGUGGCCGGGGGCUACACCUGGCCCAGCGGCAACACCUACCGGGGCUACUGGGCCCAGGGCAAGCGCCACGGGCUCGGCGUGGAGGCCAAGGGCAAGUGGCUCUACCGGGGCGAGUGGUCCCACGGCUUCAAGGGCCGCUACGGGGUCCGCCAGAGCCUGGCCACCCCGGCCCGUUACGAGGGCACCUGGACCGACGGCCUGCAGGACGGCUACGGCGUGGAGACCUACGGGGACGGAGGUACCUACCAGGGCCAGUGGAGCGGGGGCGUCCGACACGGAUUCGGCCUGCGUCAGAGCGCUCCUUACGGGCUGGCGACGGUGAUCCGUUGGCCGCUGCGCACCUCGCUGGCCUCGCUGCGCAGCGAGCAGAGCGACGGCGGCCUCCCGCCCGACAGCCCGGCGGGCACGCGGGGCGGCUUCGUCCUCGGCCGGCCGGCGGGCGAGGGCGAGGGCCCCGGGGGCCGGCGGCGGGCCGGCGGCGGGGGGCCGUGGCGGCGGGGCUCGCUGCCCGGCGGACCGGCCUGGCGGCCGGGCCGCUCGGAGUCGCGCUCGUCCCUGUCCAGCAAGCGCAGCUCGGUGCGCAGCGAGGCCACGGCGGCCAGCCGCCUCAGCUCCAGCGACGCCGCCUCGUCGGCCCCCAGCCUGGGCGACGCCGACUGCGACUCGUGCGGCCCGGCCGAGGAGCGCGUGGACGCCACGACGACGGAGACCUACGCCGGCGAGUGGCGGGGCGACAAGCGCAGCGGCUUCGGCGUGAGCGAGCGGUCGGACGGCGUGCGCUACGCCGGCGAGUGGCGGGAGAACCGGCGCCACGGCUACGGCUGCACGGUGCUGGCCGACGGCUCGCUCCACGAGGGCAAGUAUAAGAACAACGUGCUGGUGCGAGGGGUCCGCCGCCGCCUCCUCCUGCCCCUCCGCGGCCCCGGCAAGACGCGCCAGAAGGUGGACCGCGCCGUGGAGAGCGCCCAGCAGGCCGCCGCCGUGGCCAGGACCAAGGUGGAGAUAGCCACCUCCAGGACCGCCCACGCCAGGGCCAAGGCCGACGCCGCCGACCAGGCCGCCCAGGCCGCCCACCAGGAGUGCAGCAUCGCCCGGGCCGUAGCCAGGGAGCUGGCCCCCAACUUCUACCAACCAGGCCCCGAUUACAUCAAACAGAGGUUCCAGGAGGAGGUGGGCGGCCCCGAGGAGAAGGCCGAGGACAAGGCCCCCGAAAAGCCCGCCUCUCCCAAGGAGUCCCCCCACUUCUACCGGAAAGGCACGACCCCCCCGAGCUCGCCGCAGCCCAGCCCCAAGCGCGCCCGCUCGCCCCGGCCCCCGUCGCCCAAGCCCCCCGCCGCCAAGAGGCCCAACCCCAGCCCCGGCCCGGCCCCCAAGCCCCCUCCGCCGCCCGCCCCCGGCCCGGCCUCCAGGUCCGCCGCCCGCCACAAUCCCUCCGGCCCGGGCGACGGCGAGCUGCACGCCCAGUACCACGGCUACUACGUCAAGGUCGGCGCCCCGCGGCACCCGCCGGAGGACGACGACGGCGCCGCCGACCCCCAGCCCGCGGCCCCCGGCCCGCCGCGCCGGCCCCCCCGGGCCGGGCCCGCGCCCCCCCCCCCCGCCCGGGAAGGCCGGCCCGAGCCCCGGCCCAAGGCGUCCGAGCUGACGGCGUCCAAGAGUCCGGCCCGCAACGGCUCGCCCCCCGUGGACGGGGAGGACAACUCGGGCCCCAACUCCGUGGUCAUCGUCCUGGUCAUGCUGCUCAACGUCGGGGUGGCCAUCCUCAUCGUUCAUUUCCUCACCUGACCGGGCCUCGGGCAGUUCUCCGCACGUCCCCGCGGCCCGAGACGGGAGGGCCGUGGCCCGAGAGAGCCUGAGGACGCCGGCCGGAGGGACCCGCCGGGCCCGCCCGGCACCGAGCCGCCCGCCCGAGGUCCCGCCGAGACCAGACCGGGUGCCCGGGUCGCGCCGGACGGCCGGAGCUCGCGCCCGCCGGCGCCCGCCUGCUCCUUUUGCCGCCCGCCUGCCUGUGCAUGGUUCUGUCUGUUCGCCGGGGAGGGGCCGGGGUGGGCGAAGUCCUGGGGGGAAGGGGGGUGGCGACGUCCGAGGCGGAGAAGGGAUUUUCGAUCGACCGCUCCGAGGCCCGAGCCGGGCCGGGGGGGACGGCGGGGUCCCCUCCGUCCCCCUGAAGCCAAGCGGGCCCCGGGGGUCCCAACGCGGGGCGGGGCCGGCGACCGGCUCGAACGGGCGUCCCGGAGGCCGAGGGAGCCGCCGAUGACCGUGACCGCUCGCCGGGCCCGGCUCCCGGGCGGGACGGACCUCCGUCGGCCAGAGAGGGUCACCUCGCCCGGCUUCGGGAUCCCACCCUGCCUCCUCCGCGGGCCUCGGGUUUUCUCUCUCUCCUUUAAAAGCCUCAGAUAUUCUUCUGGGGGCGGCGGAUCCCUCGGGGCCGAGAUGGGGCUUCCUCGGGGUGGGGGAGGCGACCUCGCCUCCUGGGUCUCCCGGGGGACCGGCCCGGGCACGCAGGCCCGGGGUGUCCCACCAGCGGAGGCGGGGUGAGCGUUCGAAAAGACCGAGAGAAGCCGGGGGAAGGAUCUGGGGGCGUUUUUCCACGUGCUGCAUGUGAUUUAACGGAGAUUUCUCCUUGCGACCGCUUUUCGAUCUCACGGGAGCGGAGACCGGCCUAGGGCUCCGACCCGACGCUUCGGAACCACGAGCCGCCCCCGGGGCAGCGGUGGCGUGGUAGGGUGUUUUUGUUGGGUUUUGGGUUCUUUUCUUUUCCGCAGAGAUUCACGGUACGUCGAGGGUCCCGGGGGUGGCCGAGACGCGGCGCGGGAGCGAGCCGAGACGACCCGUCUCGGAUUUUUAUUUAUUUCUUGUUUUUUAAUCGCGCUUUUGACUUCUCUCCAGUUAGGCGGGGGCGUUUUCAAACCCGAGCCGUUUCGAAUCUCCCGGCGUCCGACAGGCCGCCCCCCCCGGUCCCCUCCGGCCCCUUGGAAAAGCCGAUUUUGUUGGGUGUGCGUGUGGUUUUUUUUUUGUUUUUUUUUUUCCUAAUGGAAAUAAUUCUCCCGAGACGGGUGUUUAAAAUGCUCGGAGGGGUCCGGACCGCCUACGACUCCCGCCAAACGUUUUUAAACCGGAGAGGGCGGGACCGUCCAUUUAUAAAUAUACGUCCGAUUUAUAAGCUUUUUUAGAAACGAGGCUCAGAGGCGCAGAUGUGGGUAUUUUUCUAAGCCGCGCUCAGCUGUAUUUUCCACGAAAGGCUAUUUAUAACGGGUCGUUCUACUGUACACUACCUUUCGGACGGCACACGGAACUGUGUCUGGCGAACGUUUCUUGCCGUGAGAGACCUUUUUACCGACAGGUCAUCCUCUUAUUUAUAACCCCCGCCUCCCCGGCGCGCGUCCCGUACGGUUCCCCCCGCUGUUUCUGCUCCGAUUAAAACGACGUUGGUUCUUGCA